CGGGGUUCGCUGGCAUGAACGCUGCGGAUGGGUACGCCACAGGGAUUCGAGGCGAGGACGGGCCCAAAGGUUUCCCCAGGAAGCACAGUCGGUAGUAGUAGACGAGUGGCUUCAGGUUGGGUUGACGAAAUCGAAUCAGGCAAGAAGAUGGUGUGGCGGAUGGUCUCGUGCUUCACAAGUCGAGAACGAGGGCAGCCAAGACGAAGAGCAUGGCGGAUCGAGCAGCUGAACCACGGGCAGGCGAAGGCUGAGUAUUUGUCACAUGUCGAAGACAGGGCAAGACGGAUUAAGUUUGGUCGUGUCGAGCCAAGCAAAGUGGAAGUGAGAUAUUGGUUGCUUGACCCAUGUCGGGGGGGGGAGAGCUUUCACAAUGGGAGGCGCCGAUGUGUAGUGCCACCCACCACAACGGGCAACCUCUGACCCGCAGGCAAGAGUGUUCGGGGGGGCACUGCAGGGCGUAGGGC